CACUUUUCACAGGAGAGGGUCCCCAUUACCAGCUUGCCCAAGUAUGCUCAACCAGCAUUUGAAGGAUACGAGACCUUGAACAGAAUCCAGAGUCGACUGAGCAACACUGCACUUAACACUGAUGAGAAUCUGUUACUAUGUGCACCAACUGGGGCUGGUAAAACCAAUGUUGCAUUGUUGACCAUCUUGAGAGAAGUUGGCAAACACAUCAACCUUGAUGGAACCAUCAACUUAGAGGAAUUCAAAGCUAUCUAUGUGGCACCCAUGAAAUCUCUUGUACAGGAAAUGGUUGCCAAUUUCACCAAGAGGCUCAGCACAUAUGGUGUUACAGUCUCGGAAUUAACAGGAGACCACAACCUUAAUAAAGAACAGAUUAAUAGCACUCAAGUCAUUGUCUGUACCCCUGAGAAAUGGGACAUCAUCACACGCAAGGGAGGGGAGAGGACUUUCACUCAACUUGUCCGUCUGAUUAUCAUCGAUGAAAUCCAUCUUCUUCACGAUGACCGAGGGCCAGUGUUAGAGUCACUUGUUGCCCGUACCAUUCGGCAGAUUGAGACCACUCAAGAGCUGGUACGGCUGGUUGGGUUGAGUGCCACCUUACCAAAUUAUGAAGAUGUGGCAACGUUUAUGCGCGUGAAUCCUGCAAAGGGUCUCUUCUUCUUUGAUAACAGUUUUAGGCCUGUUCCAUUGGAGCAGCAGUAUAUUGGUAUUACAGAGAAGAAACCAAUGAAGAGAUUGCAGGUGAUGAAUGACAUUGUGUAUGAAAAAGUCAUUGAACAUGCUGGAAAGAACCAAGUGCUGAUUUUUGUACACUCAAGGAAAGAGACAAGUAAAACAGCGCGAGCCAUCAGAGACCUGUGUCUUGAGAGAGACACUUUGGGACAUUUCUUGAGGGAAGACUCUGCAAGUACUGAAGUGCUUAGAACUGAAGCUGAACAAGCUGUGAACCUGGAGCUGAAGGACCUGCUUCCUUACGGGUUUGCCAUUCAUCAUGCAGGUAUGACCAGAGUUGAUAGAACCCUGGUGGAAGAUCUCUUUGCUGACCGGCACAUCCAAGUGUUAGUUUCCACUGCAACAUUAGCCUGGGGUGUGAACUUGCCAGCACACACUGUGAUCAUUAAGGGAACUCAGAUCUACAAUCCCGAGAAGGGACGUUGGGUGGAGCUUGGUGCAUUGGAUGUGAUGCAGAUGUUGGGACGUGCUGGUCGGCCCCAAUAUGAUACGAAGGGGGAGGGCAUUUUGAUUACCAGCCAUGGCGAGCUCCAGUACUACCUCUCACUCAUGAACCAGCAGCUGCCCAUUGAAAGCCAGUUUAUCGGCAAACUAGCAGACAACCUUAAUGCUGAAAUUGUGCUUGGAACUGUGCAGAAUGCUAAGGAGGCUGUGCAUUGGCUAGGGUAUACCUACCUUUAUAUCAGAAUGCUGAGAAAUCCUUCGUUGUAUGGCAUAACUCAUGACGAGAUUGAAAAAGACCCCCUUCUUGAACAGCGAAGAGCAGAUCUGAUUCAUUCAGCAGCCACACAGCUAGACAAAAACAACCUAGUGAAAUAUGACAAGAAAUCUGGAAACUUCCAGGUUACAGAGCUGGGACGCAUUGCCAGUCAUUACUAUUGCACACAGGAAACCAUAGCAACCUACAACAGUCUGUUGAAACCCACUCUUAGCGAGAUUGAGUUGUUCAGAGUUUUCUCACUGUCAUCGGAGUUCAAGUAUAUCACAGUGAGAGAGGAAGAGAAGCUGGAACUCAACAAGUUGUUGGAGCGUGUUCCAAUUCCUGUCAAAGAGAGUAUUGAAGAACCAAGUGCAAAGGUUAAUGUGUUACUCCAAGCCUACAUUUCUCAUUUGAAGCUGGAAGGCUUUGCUUUGAUGUCUGAUAUGGUGUACGUCACACAGUCUUCUGGUCGACUGAUGAGAGCCAUCUUUGAGAUUGUGUUGAACCGUGGUUGGGCGCAACUGGCUGACAAGAGUGUGAACCUGUGCAAAAUGAUCGACAAGAGAAUGUGGCUUUCAAUGAGUCCGUUACGGCAGUUCAAGAAAAUUCCUAUGGAAGUCAUCAAGAGAAUCGAGAAGAAAGAAUUCCCCUGGGAGCGCUACUAUGACCUGGGACCCACCGAGAUUGGGGAGCUGGUGCACAUGCCCAAAAUGGGGAAAACGCUGUACAAGUUUGUACAUCAGUUGCCAAAGAUGGAACUAGCGACGCACAUUCAGCCAAUUACGAGAUCCACAUUAAGCGUGGAACUUGUGAUCACCCCUGACUUUCAGUGGGACGAGAAGAUUCAUGGAAACUCAGAGGCAAUGUGGAUUUUUGUGGAAGAUGUUGACAGUGAAAUCAUCUUGCAUCAUGAGUACUUUUUGCUGAAGAGCAAGUUUGCCUCCGAUGAACAUACACUGAAGUUCUUUGUGCCUGUAUUCGAGCCGCUGCCACCUCAGUAUUUCAUCAGGAUUGUGUCAGACAAGUGGCUUGGUUCUGAAACUCAGUUGCCAGUUUCCUUUCGUCAUUUGAUCCUGCCAGAAAAGAACCCCCCUCCCACUGAACUGCUUGAUCUUCAACCUUUGCCGGUGUCUGCUCUCAGAAAUCCAGCUUUUGAGAGUUUGUACAAAGACAAGUUCCCCUACUUUAACCCCAUACAGACUCAAGUUUUUAACACCAUGUACAACUCAGAUGAAAAUGUUCUUAUCGGCGCUCCCACUGGUAGUGGAAAGACCAUCUGUGCCGAGUUUGCUGUGCUGCGGCUUCUUCAGCAAUUACCAGAGUGCAGAUGUGUAUUCGUCACACCACUGCAGUCUCUGGCUGAUCAGGUGUAUGCUGACUGGCAGAGUAAAUUUGCACUUCAGCUCGGCAAGAACGUGGUCAAGUUGACGGGAGAAACUAGCGCCGAUCUCAAACUUCUCGCUAAGGGUAACGUGAUCGUUAGCACGCCAGAACAGUGGGAUGUGUUAUCACGUCGAUGGAAACAGAGAAAGAAUGUACAGAACGUUCAUUUGUUCAUCUUGGAUGAAGCUCAUUUGAUCGGUGGAGAAUCGGGGCCCGUCAUGGAAGUGAUCUGUUCUCGUAUGAGAUACAUCUCGUCACAAAUUGAGCGUAACAUCAGGAUUGUGGCGCUUAGUUCAUCUCUGGCAAAUGCUAAGGAUGUUUCUCAGUGGCUUGGUGUUGGUCCAACUGGCUUGUUCAAUUUUCAUCCUAAUGUAAGACCUGUGCCGCUUGAACUCCACAUACAGGGCUUUAACAUCACUCACACGGCAUCACGGUUGAUAGCCAUGACAAAACCUACCUACCAAUCAAUCGUGAAACAUUCUCCUAAGAAACCAGUUAUCGUUUUUGUGCCCUCAAGGAGACAGACCAAGCUUACUGCUCUGGAUUUGUUGACUUUCUCUGGCGCUGAAAACGAUGCACAGAGGUUCUUGCACUGUACCGAGGAAGAUCUUCAACCGUUUGUCAAGCGUUUAAACGACAAGACGUUGAAAGAGACAGUGGGUUACGGUGUGGCUUAUUUACACGAGGGUCUGUCUGAGGCUGAGACCAAGAUUGUGGAGCAACUGUUCAACUCGGGCGCCAUACAGGUGGUGGUUGUGUCACGCAAUCUCGCAUGGGCAGUUAACAUGAGUGCACAUCUGGUGAUCAUCAUGGACACACAGUUCUACGAAGGGAAAAUCCAUGCCUAUGUGGAUUACCCCAUCACAGACGUCUUACAGAUGAUUGGCAGAGCCAACAGACCAUUGCUAGAUGACUCGGGCAAAGCUGUCAUUCUUUGUCAAGCAUCGAAGAAAGAAUACUUCAAGAAAUUCCUUUAUGAACCUCUGCCUAUCGAGUCUCAUUUGGAUCACUGCCUUCACGAUCAUUUUAAUGCUGAAGUGGUGACGAAGACGAUCGAAAACAAGCAAGAUGCAGUGGAUUACUUAACAUGGACUUAUCUGUACCGCAGAAUGACACAGAACCCAAACUACUACAACUUACAAGGAGUAACUCAUCGACAUCUAUCUGAUCACAUGUCAGAUAUGGUGGAGAAUACGCUAAACGACCUGGAGCAGUCCAAGUGUUUGUCGAUCGAGGAGGAGAUGGAUGUAUCGCCGUUGAAUCUUGGAAUGAUCGCUGCCUACUACUACAUCAACUACACUACCAUCGAGCUGUUCAGCGUCUCUCUGAAUGCCAAAACCAAACUACGAGGCUUGAUUGAGAUCAUCUCAUCUGCGUAUGAGUACGAGAGACUUCCCAUCAGGCAUCACGAGGAUGCCACCUUAAAACAGCUUAUGAACCGUGUGCCACAUAAAGUGACGAAUCCUAAAUAUAACGAUCCACAUGUCAAGACCAACCUGCUUAUCCAAGCGCACAUGUCCCGGAUGCAGCUGUCGGCCGAGAUGCAGUCGGACACAGAGACUAUUCUGGGCAAGGCCAUGCGUCUUGUCCAAGCCUGUGUGGAUGUGUUGAGUAGCAAUGGAUGGCUUUCUCCUGCACUGGCCGCUAUGGAGCUCGCCCAAAUGGUCACACAGGCCAUGUGGAGCAAAGAUUCCUAUCUGAAACAGAUUCCUCAUUUCAACCCAGAAAUUAUCAAACGAUGCGUGGACAAGGGAGUGGAGUCUGUGUUUGACAUCAUGGACUUGGAAGAUGAGGAAAGAAACAAACUACUGAGGCUGGAUGACAGUCAGAUGCAGGAUGUGGCCAGGUUUUGUAAUCGUUAUCCCAACAUAGAAUUGUCAUUUGAGGUUCAUGACAAGGACAACAUCACAGCGGGCGCUCCUGUGAAUGUUAUUGUGGACCUUGACCGAGAAGAUGAGCAACCUGGCCCGGUCAUUGCACCGUUCUUUCCUCAGAAGCGGGAGGAGGGCUGGUGGCUAGUUGUUGGCGACACGAAAAACAAUGGGUUGAUUUCCAUCAAGCGUUUAACGCUCCAACAGAAGGCCAAAGUGAAGCUGGACUUUGUAGCUCCAAGCUCGCCUGGGAACUACUCGUACACGCUGUUCUUUAUGUGCGACACGUACAUGGGAUGCGAUCAGGAAUAUCCGUUCAAGAUUAACGUGGGAGAGGCUGUCAGUGGAGACGAGGACAGCGGAGACAGUGAUGCUGAGGAUUUUAGAAACGUCUUGAGACACUGUUGCCUCAUAUCGUUGAUUGUUGUUGAUGUUUGUCAUCAGGCCAUGCGUCUUGUCCAAGCCUGUGUGGAUGUGUUGAGUAGCAAUGGAUGGCUUUCUCCUGCACUGGCCGCUAUGGAGCUCGCCCAAAUGGUCACACAGGCCAUGUGGAGCAAAGAUUCCUAUCUGAAACAGAUUCCUCAUUUCAACCCAGAAAUUAUCAAACGAUGCGUGGACAAGGGAGUGGAGUCUGUGUUUGACAUCAUGGACUUGGAAGAUGAGGAAAGAAACAAACUACUGAGGCUGGAUGACAGUCAGAUGCAGGAUGUGGCCAGGUUUUGUAAUCGUUAUCCCAACAUAGAAUUGUCAUUUGAGGUUCAUGACAAGGACAACAUCACAGCGGGCGCUCCUGUGAAUGUUAUUGUGGACCUUGACCGAGAAGAUGAGCAACCUGGCCCGGUCAUUGCACCGUUCUUUCCUCAGAAGCGGGAGGAGGGCUGGUGGCUAGUUGUUGGCGACACGAAAAACAAUGGGUUGAUUUCCAUCAAGCGUUUAACGCUCCAACAGAAGGCCAAAGUGAAGCUGGACUUUGUAGCUCCAAGCUCGCCUGGGAACUACUCGUACACGCUGUUCUUUAUGUGCGACACGUACAUGGGAUGCGAUCAGGAAUAUCCGUUCAAGAUUAACGUGGGAGAGGCUGUCAGUGGAGACGAGGACAGCGGAGACAGUGAUGCUGAGGAUUAGAGCUUAGGCUUGACAAAUGACCUAAGCGAUGUUUAGUAUCAGGGACCCGACGAUUUCCGUCGAGUUUCCGAUGUGUACGUUUUUGCGUGACAACCAGAAUUCGGGUGACGCAAUCCAUUUCCCCUGAUGGUAUUCAUGUUUGUAAAGGUUCAAGGAUGUCUACGAAAAGCAGAGUUUGGCUCUACGCUGCCACUGUACAUAUUUCGUCUUGCAGCUGUAACUUUAAAAGUAGAAAUCGUGCCAUUCCGUGUACUUUGUGUUCAGCAACGAAUUGUGUCAAGAUACUUCGGAACUAAUGUAGAAUGAUUGCAGGAUUUCAAAACCCAUCGCAAACGUUUUAGAAAGAAACGGUUACAACCCCUCCCACCCGUCUCUUGUUGAAACACACAUCACCCCACUUGACCCCAAGCAAUAACGGCCAGUGCAGGCAAACCUGCAGUCAAUAUUCCCCUCACUUCUUUGUUACAUCAUUUAUAGAUCUGUAAAGUUUGCCUGUAGAUUUUAAGAGUGCAUAAAAAUGGAAAAACCUUUUUACAGACUUCA